UUUCCCGUCCAGCAGUGUGGCGUGUGCGCGACAGAGAAGAGGAAAGAUGGCGACGCAGGAGAGUGAAUCAACCAAAGCUACCGUGAGCAACGGCGAGGUUAGCAGCAAUGGGACUCCUGCAACAACAGAUGGCCAGACUGUGCAGACAGCUGAAAAUGCGCAGGAGCAACAGCAGCAGCAGCCACCUAAUGCAUGGCAGGUCAUUAAAGGAGUCCUCUUUAGAAUCUUCAUAAUCUGGGCGAUCAGUAGCUGGUUCCGCCGAGGGCCGUCCACUCCUGACCCCAACACACCUGCAGGUGCACCCAGAGUUCCCAGCAGGAACCUGUUCUCCAAAGACACCCUCAUGGACCUGUAUGUGUACGUGUCGCAGGAGGAAGUGUUCUCUGACUUCAACAAUACAGACGACCUGUUCUGGUUCCACAGAGACCUGGUCUAUGGAGACUGGACCACGGGGGAGGAGGGCGAUGGCUGCUAUGAGUUCAAUAAGGAGUUGGACAUCCCAGAGAAAGUACUGCAGAACGGCUCUCUGUACAUGCACGUGUACUUCACCAAAAGUGGAUUCCAUCCAGACCCCAAACGUAAGGGGCAGUAUCGCAGAUUGGCAACAGUUCAUUCAACGCGAAGGCUGAAUAAAUUCAAACGGAGAAAGUUCAUGAAAACCAAGAAUCUGCUCACAGGGGAGACGGAAGCAGAUCCCGAGAUGAUUAAGCGGGCUGAAAGCCAUGGUCCAGUGGAAAUAAUCUCACACUGGCACCCCAACCUCACCAUCAACAUGGUAGAUGAUCACACAGCCUGGGUGAAAGGUUCUGUUCCACCCCCUCUAGACCAGUAUGUUAAGUUUGAUGCAGUCAGCGGGGACUACUAUCCCAUUGUGUACUUCAACGACUACUGGAACCUUCAGAAGGACUACUACCCGAUCAAUGACACCCUGACAAAACUCCCUCUACGUCUCAUUUACUGCCCGCUAUCUUUGUGGCGCUGGCAGCUGUAUGCUGCGCAGAAUGCUCGCUCACCCUGGAAUUUCCUCCCUGAGGACACCUAUGAGCAGUCGGAUGAAGACCAAGACUCUGUUAAGGUUGCUCUUUUGGAAACCAACCCAUACCUGCUGGGGCUCACCAUUGUUGUCUCCAUUGUGCACAGCAUCUUUGAGUUUCUCGCCUUCAAAAAUGAUAUCCAGUUUUGGAACAGCAGACAGUCCCUAGAAGGUUUGUCUGUGCGCUCCAUCAUAUUUGGAGUGUUUCAGUCUGGAGUGGUGCUGCUGUACAUUCUGGACAAUGAAACCAACUUUGUGGUCCAGGUCAGCGUCUUCAUUGGUCUUCUUAUUGACCUGUGGAAAAUCACCAAGGUCAUGGAUGUCAAAUUGGACAGAGAGAACAAAAUUGCAGGGAUUAUUCCAAGAUUGGUAUUCACAGACAAGUCAACAUAUGUGCAGUCUUCAACCAAAAUUUAUGAUGAUAUGGCCUUCAAGUACUUAUCGUGGCUGCUCUACCCUCUGUUUGGCUGCUAUGCUGUCUACAGUUUAUUGUAUGUAGAGCACAAAGGCUGGUACUCAUGGGUACUCAGCAUGCUUUAUGGCUUCUUGUUAACUUUUGGUUUCAUUACAAUGACGCCACAGCUAUUCAUCAACUACAAAAUGAAAUCUGUGGCCCACCUCCCAUGGAGGAUGCUCACCUACAAGGCUCUUAAUACUUUUAUUGAUGACCUGUUUGCCUUUGUCAUCAAGAUGCCCAUGAUGUACAGGAUAGGAUGCCUCAGAGAUGAUGUGGUUUUCUUCAUCUAUCUUUACCAGCGCUGGAUCUAUCGGGUCGAUCCCAACAGGGUCAAUGAGUUUGGCACCAGCGGAGCUGACCAGACUCAGAACGGCACAGCAGAAGUGGCCGCCAUCACAAAUAAGCCAGAGGAGGAGAAGAAGAACGACUAAGCCAGACCUCGCACUUAUCUUCCCUCGUACCCCUGACUGCUGGGGUGAAGAGGACUUGUAGAAAUUGGGCAGGGAGGGGCAUGAGCGUUUAGCUGUCAUGGACGCCGCUUCAAAAAGGAAAAAAAAAAAGAAGAAAAAAUACAGUUUAAAUCUUCCCUCUGAUUUCUGUGUAGAUCCACAGAGAAUCAUCUUCAGUGUAGACUUGGUAAAUUUUUUCAUUUUUGUUCCCCACCCAAUCCAAUCCUCUCAUUUUGCAGUUCAAGUGAAGUAAAACAAAAUGUGAUGUACUGUAUUCUGUAUUUUUUUUUUUUUCUUUUCUGAGGGUAAAAGUGUCCUGGAGUAGAUGUUUGGGAGGGGAACAGGUUGCAGUAAUAUUUUUUUUUUAUACAGGGAAGAAAGAGGCCAAGUGCAACUUGUGUUCUUUGUGUAGGUUUCUUGUGAAUUUUUCUUUUCAUUCCAUGUGAGCACCAUGUUCUGGUUGCCUGGAAACUGGUGUGUAGUGCUGGAGGGAACUGGAAAGAUCCUGAGCCAAACUGAAGGCUGAGGAAGAGACGUGACAUGAUGGACAACACUGCGGGGCACUACCCACAAAACAAUGACUACUACCCUCAAUUUUAAACAAAUGCUUAAUGUUCUAAACUUGAACAAAAAAAAGAAUAACAGCCUUGUUGGUAUUAAUAUAAAUAUAUUAAUAUUGUCAAUGAUAUACUUUUGUUUCCAGUCACUGAAACAUUCUUUUGUAUGUCCUCAAACUGUACAGACUCCUGUUAAUAAUACUGAUGUCAAAACUGUCUAGCAAUGAAUAAUUGAUUAUUAUCCCCCCCCAUUUCACCGUGGCUCUUUGAUUUUCAAAAUCAUCUCACCGUCAUGAUCCAGAUUGGGUCACCUGACAGACAGGAGGCUCUCAGGUGUGUGAUGGAAGAAUUAGUCUUUCUUUCUCUUUUUAAUGAGUGCUGAAAGUCCUGAAAGGAAUUGGGUUCUGUGUUGGUACAUAUUAGAUUUUUGGACAUUCAUGUUUAUAGUAAAACUGAGUGUGAUUUAAAA